GUACUCUGCUACAGAACAGAUUCGUGUGGCGCGGGCCUUUAAUCGAUAGCUUUGCAACAAUCUUUCCAAAAGAUGGUAGCUCACGGAAUUAAAACAAUAAAACGAAGAACAAGAACAAUUGCCUCUAUCCAAACUCGGAUAUACUAACAUUCAAGUAACUUCCUCAUAGUUUGAAAGGUGUAGCCUAUUUCUUUUUUUCACUACUAUUGCUCUCGAAGGUUUACAAGAGCAAGCUCGCGCCAGUCGGAUGAAUUCGCCAAACCAGGACGAAGAUGAUGUGCCCGUUAAAGACCCGGCAAAAUACGGAGAGUUGGUCAUAUUGGGAUGUACAAUCGUCGCAAAUUGAAUUAUGGGGAGUUUCAGGCCCCGGAGUGAACAUUAUUGUGCACUCGCAAAGCCGACUAAAAACGAGGACUGAGGGGCUUACGUUGAAAACGUCCCUUGCUUGGCUAGUCAUUUGGACCGCCCUCCAAGAUGGUGACGGGGAUUCCCUCAAGGGCAUAAGGCAAGGGUACAAUGGUUCUCUGCCCAGUGGGGACAGGGGGAGGAGGAAGAGCCGCUUCGCUCUGUACCGGAGGACCAAGGCCAACGGAGUCAAACCCAGCACUGUUCACAUCCUCAACACACCACACGACAGCAAGGCAGUCCACAGCAGAGGGCAGCACAGCAUCUCCUUCACUCUGUCCCGCAACCAGACAGUGGUGGUGGAGUACUGCCAUGACAACGACACUGACAUGUUCCAGAUUGGGCGCUCCACAGAAAGUCCAAUAGACUUUGUUGUGACGGACACUUCAGGAGAGGGGAAGGAGGGUGAGGACCCCUCGGUGGCCCCCAGCACCAUCUCCCGCUUCGCCUGCAGGGUGGUGUGUGAACGCAACCCCCCCUACACUGCACGCAUCUAUGCCGCUGGCUUCGACUCCUCCAAAAACAUCUUCCUAGGGGAGAAAGCCACUAAGUGGAAGAACCCGGAUGGCCACAUGGAUGGUUUGACCACCAACGGGGUGCUGGUGAUGCACCCUGAGGGCUUCCCUGAGGACAGCAGACAGGGUCUAUGGAGGGAGAUCUCUGUAUGUGGGGACGUUUACGCCCUCCGAGAGACACGCUCCGGACCCAGCCGAGGAAAACUGGCGGAGGGAGAAAGCAGUGCCCUUCGUGAUGGUUCUCUGGUGGACCUGUGUGGAGCCACUCUGCUGUGGCGUACUGGAGAGGGCCUGCUCCGCGCUCCCACCCUCCGCCACCUGGAGGCACUGCGACAGGAGCUCAACGCUGCCCGGCCACAGUGUCCUGUAGGCCUCAGUACCCUGGCCUUCCCCAGCUUGCCACGCAGCCAUAGUCUGGAGGAGCGCCAGCCCUGGGUCUACCUCACCUGUGGACAUGUGCAUGGCCACCAUGACUGGGGCCAGCGUCCGGAGCGCCGGGAGGAGGGAGGAGAAGAGGGGGAGGAAGGGAUCAUAACGGUCCGCCGGGAGUGCCCUCUAUGCAGGAGCGUAGGGCCCUACGUGCCACUGUGGCUGGGGUGUGAGCCCGCCGUGUACGUGGAUGCUGGAGCUCCCACAUAUGCGUUUGUACCCUGCGGCCAUGUUUGUUCGGAGAGGACAGCCAAGUAUUGGGCGGAUACCCCACUGCCUCAUGGGACACACGCCUUCCGGCCCACCUGUCCCUUCUGCUCUGCUCCUCUCAGCAGCACCCCACAGGGCUGGACACGCCUCAUCUUCCAGGGCCCUAUCGACUAGCUCGGGCCCCCGGGAAUGGAGACCACAACUACUACGCAAAUGUGGAACCAACCACGUCACUAAGCCAAGGGCCCAAUCCUAACUUGAGAUAAUAGUGCGGAACUAACGUGAAUAUUUCUUCCAUUUACACUGCAUCCUUGAUGUAUGAUUUUAGACAAGUGCGUUUAACUUUUAAACAUCUUUGUAAAUCAUGCAUUGAUGUCAGUUUAGGAUCUGUGUGGAAGUUUAAGUUAGACUCACGUUUCUCUCAAGGUAUGAUUUUGUCCAUAACAGAACCUCACUUCAAAAGCAAUAAGAACUCCACUAUAGCAAAGCAUUACACUCAUAGAUAAGCUAGUUGUUCCGUUAGUCAUCCAUGUUUCCAGUUGUCUCUUCUGACAUGGCUGAAUGUUGUCUGCAGCUCAAGGGCUGAACCUGGGGUAUGUUGAAGUCACUGGAUGGUCAUAUUUAAUGGUUUCCUGAAAAUAAUGGUUAAUGGUUUCCCUCUCAGCCGAAUUUUGAACCAACAAUGUAAUGAUGCUUCCAAAGUUUUUGAUUGAAUAUUCCAUUUGACAAAAUUUGAAAACAAAACAUUGUAAUAUUGCGAAGCGGUUCACCUCGCAAUUACCAAUAACUUACUCUAUAGUAGCAAAGAUAAGUGAUGUUUGUGAACAUUCUGCAGUUUGACCACACCUCAGGUUGGGAACCAGUCAGACAGACAAGGUCUGUGCCAUGUGACAAUAUAGCAGAAAGAUCAAAGGCUGUUACCGAAGGUAACCUCAUAAGACAACAGUUUUUCAAUUAAAAUGUAACUAUUUUAUUAAAAUUGGGGAUGUUUGGGAUGGGUUAGGAUUUUAUUUAGAUGUUAAGAUACAACUAUUUUUUUAUCUUGAGUAUUGUUUUUAGUUAAAUGUGAUUUGUCAAUGUAAGCUUUUUCUAAAUGUGUAUGAUUAUUAUUAUUAUUAUGUGUGUUCGAUGAAACUGGGAGAGCUUGUGAGUGUGAGAAAAUUGCCAACACUGUGUCACACAACCAUAAAAAAUUGCCCAGACAAUGAAUGUAGCCAAAUACUCAGGCUAUACUAGCUUAGCCUUCCAAUGUGCUCGUAUUGAAUUGUUCUAUAUUAUGCUACUAUUUUUUUAUCACACACACACACACACACACACACACACACACACACACACACACACACACACACACACACACACACACACACACACACACACACACACACACACACACACACACACACACACACACACACACACACACACACAUAUGCACUGUGGAUUGCCAAACCUUGCAUUUAUGCUAAAUUGUACACAGUGUUACAUGUUAAUUAUACACGGUACUAAAUGCCUCAAGUGAAAAGAAAUGCUGGCGAAGUGAGCAGUCCAACAGAAAUCUAUAAUUUAAACAUGUUCUUUCCCAUAUAAGAAAUGUACACGCCUACUCAGCUGCUAUUCAGGGACAGAGAACAUGCAGCAGAACCGACAUGAUGUAGUUAUCUAGAAUAGAGAUAAUCGUGUCAGCUCUAUAUUACCUUUCUAUCAUGUAUGAACUUUUUCAGGUUUACAGCCGUCAGUCCUCCGCACACUACCAUGCUGUAUUUGACAUACACUAUAUAUACAAAAGUAUGUUGACACACCUUGAAAUUAGUGGAUUUGGGGGCCGCCUAAGUGCGUAAAAAUCAACUGUCCUCGGUUGCAACACUCACUACCGAUUGCCAAACUGCCUCUGGAAGCAAUGUCAGCACAAGAACUCUCUUCGUCGGGAGCUUCAUGAAAUGGGUUUCCAUGGCCAAGCAGCCGCACACAAGCCUAAGAUGACCAUGCGCAAUGCCAAGCAUUGGCUGGAGUGGUGUAAAGCUUGUCACCAUUGGACUCUGGAGCAGUGGAAACGCAUUCUCUGGAGCAUCUGGCAGUCUGAUGGACGAAUCUGCAUGUGGCGGAAGCCAAACGCUACCUGCCCGAAUGCAUCAUGCCAACUGUAAAGUUUGGUGGAGGAGUAAUAAUAGUCUGGGGCUGUUUUUUAUGGUUUGGGCUAUGCCCCUUAGUUGCAGUGAAGGGGAAUUUGAACGCUACCGCAUACAAUGACAUUCUAGAUGAGUAUGUGCUUCCAACCUUGUUGCAAUAGUUUGGGAAGGCCCUUUCCUGUUUCAGCAUGAAAAAGAGAGGUCCAUACAGAAAUGGAUUGUUGAGAUAGGUGUGGAAGAACUUGACUGGCCUGCACAGAGCCCUGACCUCAACCCCAUCGAACA